CACCCAGCCGCCCUCUGCGCAUGCGCCGUGUCCCGGAAGCGGUGGGGGCUGCUAUGGCGAUGGCGGAGAAGUUCGACUCGCUGGAGGAGCACCUGGAGAAGUUCGUGGAGAACAUCCGGCAGCUCGGCAUCAUCGUCAGCGACUUCCAGCCCAGCAGCCAGGCUGGCCUCAACCAGAAACUGAAUUUCAUGGUGACGGGCCUACAGGACAUCGACAAGUGCCGGCAGCAGCUUCACGACAUCAGCGUGCCCCUGGAAGUGUUUGAAUACAUAGAUCAAGGUCGCAACCCUCAGCUUUAUACUAAGGAGUGCCUGGAGCGAGCUUUGGCUAAGAAUGAGCAAGUAAAAGGAAAAAUUGACACAAUGAAGAAAUUUAAAAGUCUAUUAAUUCAAGAACUAACAAAGGUGUUCCCAGAAGACAUGGCAAAGUACAAAGCUAUUCGAGGGAACUUCCAGAAGGAGCAUAUCAACACCUGGAAUCUCUGGUCUGAUUUCACAGCUGUGAAGAGGAUAUCUGCAUGUGCAGGCUGCUGCUCUUGAUCGUAUUGGAGACUGGAGCUAGCAUGACUUCACAAAAUCAUAGAGCCCAUGUCCCCUUCGUGCCAUCCCUUCCUUUGGGAAGCUCAGUGCCUCCAGUUUGUAACAAAUGUAGAGCAGAGGAAUAUGCUUUAAGUUCAGUCAUGACUUUCCCUGCACAUCUAACCUGCAAUCAGUGCAAACACAAGAGGAUGGGGUGGAAGAACAGCAUUCAUCGAUAGCCAAUGAUGUAAGUGACAGUAAUAAAACCAGUAGCAACUAAGGAAGGUGCUGUUUGAACCAAAGCAGCAGCACAACUGGCUCUUCAGCAGGAGUCCUGCGCUCUGGCAGCGGGAGGAUGGCAGAAUGGAUACAGCAUGUGGGUUGUGCCUUUCUUCAUCCUGGUAUUCCAUCAGGAUGGCAAACUGCAGUCACAAGGCACCCAAAUGAAUGGAGCAAAAGAAAAUGGGCAACCACCUUGCAUAAUAUUUUUGGAAGUUACGAUAAGCAAGUUCCUGAGGGAAAAGAUUAUGCUUCCAAAACUGGUGACUCCUGAAGGGAAUGAAGUAACUGUCCCAAGGCAGCUGACUAUCGCCAGUAAAGAGAUUCAGAAGGCACAGUGAGGACUUGAUAACUGGCAUCUCUCAUCUUCUGUGUUAUACACAAGUGUCCCAUCCUCAACUGCUGAUACACACACAUUUAUAUAAGUGAAACUUAGGAAAGAACAAAAUUCUUGCCUUACCCAUAUGGUGCUGUAUUGUUUUUAAUUACCUCCAUUUGAUAUGGUUCUGGUUCUGUGACUAUAUUACAAUAAUAUUAGCUAUUCACCAGCUUCUAGGCAAGUGCUCUCAAAAUUAAGCUAUCGUUGCAGUAAAUCUCUCACUCAGUUAUUCCAUUCAAAAUAAAACAGGUUGAAAUGCUAAGGGGUUUCCAACCCAGAAUGUCUUGUAUCAAGACUGUUUCACCAAUUUUUUAUGGGAUAAGAUCUGGCAAACUAAAGGACGGGGAAUAUGCAUGGACAAAGUGUUGGACUGAGGGAGUAGGGUAAGGGGAUUGGUAUUCCCAUUCUAUUUUUAUUAUUCUUGCUGCAAAAAGCCUAAAAUUAUCCCCUUCCUCUUUCAGCUGCAUUUAUCAUGUCCUGUGAAGUGCCUGGUGCAGAGACAGUCAUCUGCUACCAGCAGGGUACUUGGUUGUUUUCAGUCCAAAUCAACUGCAGCUUGAGAAACUGCCAUAUGAUUUUAUGAUAAUGUUUUAAAAGAGCUUUAAAUCCAGAUUUCCACAGACAGAGAAACCCCAUCACUGCAGUGGCAUCCCUGAUGUCAACCUCGGGGUUCAUAUAUAAGAGAGAUGAUGGCAGUGCCUUCUCUGCUCACUGUGUUUUUCGUUUUGAGUUUCUGUCUACCCAGCAGGUAAGACCAUCCUUCACAGAUGUUUGCAGAAUAUGAAGUGUUAGCACAUACAUUUGGGUGCUUUUAGCCAAACUUUUCCGGGUUUAGGCAUCAAGCAAACAAGAUUUUUGAGAAUCUAAAAUUUCAGUCUGGGCAUCAGAAGGGAUCAUUAAAAAACACUUAAAAGCACAA